CACACUGACCGACCCGUGUAGAGAAGUUCUUUGGCCAUGGUGUGAGGGGAUUAACCAAGAUGGCUAACCGGCGUGUUCCACUAGUCCUGUUAGCCUGCGGCUCCUUUAAUCCCAUCACUAACCAGCACAUGAGGCUGUUUGAGCUUGCCAGGGACCACAUGCACAGCACAGGCCAGUACCAGGUGGUGGGUGGCAUCGUGUCUCCAGUGAGCGACAGCUAUGGAAAGCAAGGCCUGGUACUGGCUAAGCACCGCAUUGCGAUGGCGAAGCUGGCGCUGCAGAGCUCCAACUGGGUCACGGUUGAUGAAUGGGAGAGCCAGCAGCCAGACUGGACGGAGACAGUGGUAACUAUGAGGUAUCAUUAUGGACGUAUUCUAAAGGAGUAUGAGGGAAGAGCAGGGAAGCACAUUAACUCCAACAGUGACCCCACUACCGUCGCAGGACCCCAGCUGAAGCUCCUCUGUGGAGCCGAUUUCCUCGACACCUUCAAGAUCCCCGGCUUGUGGCAGGACGAGGACGUGGAGGAGGCGGUCGGGCGUUUCGGCCUCGUCUCCGUCAGCCGUGGCGAGCUGCAGCCCGAGCAGACUGUGCACGAGUCGGACAUGCUCUCCCGCCACCAGCAAAACAUAUUCCUGGUGAGAGAGUGGAUGAGGAAUGAGACGAGCGCCACGGAGGUGCGUCGGGCUCUGAGGCGGGGUCAGAGCGUGAAGUACCUGAUCCCAGACUCAGUGAUAGAAUAUAUUCACCAGCACAAGCUUUACACAGAGGACAGCGAGAGGAGGAAUAAGGGCACGGUGCUGAGGCCACUCACCAAGCAGCCAGUGAGCAGUCUGGAUGACUGAGACACAGACCCAUGCGUCAUGGCUGAGCAUGAGAGUCCUUGAAGAGUGGAUUUACUCAAAGAUCGGUGCUUCACUUCAGGGACUGGAAGCUCUCUUUGUUUCCACUGGACUGCCGAGUGGAAGAGGUUUUCACAGCCUGAAAAUGUCUGUACAAAAAAAAACAUGUUUGGUCUAAAUUUGUUUUCCAGGCAUCACUUGUGUUCCUGCACAGUGCUGUGACGUCUGUUGAUUCACUCUCAUGAAAUGUCAUGAAUCCUUGUUCCAUUGUGAAAAAGAACAUUUGUCUGCUAACAGUUUUCUAUCUUUUGUAGUUUUUCACAUCGCACAUCAUUGCAGUUCAUUAAA